AGGCAAGAGAACUAAUUGAUGAAUUGAAUAUUACAAAAGAGUCUGAUUUGGAUAAAGAGAAUAAUAAUCAACUAGAAAUUGAUCAAGAUUUAGAAUUAAAUUUGCAAAAUAAAAUUAGAGAAAUUAGUAGUUGA